AUGCCACGGGCAUCCAAAUUGCGAAAUAAACGAGAUCGUAAUGGUGACCGUAAUGGUGACCGUAAUGGUGACUCGGCAACGAUCGAUGAUGGCCAUGGAAAAUUAUCUCGUAAAAAGAGGAUUGUGGAAGAGCCAGAACCAGAAAAGAAUAAAAUACAAGAGAAAAAGAAGAAUACAAAAACGCAAAUCAGAAAAUCUGAAAACAACAAUGUUCAGGCCGAGGUCGAAAAGGGAGAAAAUAAAUUAAAAAACAACAUAUUUAUAUCAAACCAUUCAAUAAUUUCAACUGCCGAUUUCCGUAUAAUAACUGGUAGUUAUGAGAGGAUAUUAUACGGGAUAGAUGCAAGAUGGAUCAAAGAGGACAACGAUCAAUCUGACAAAGACAAGAUGAAAUUACAGUUGGAGCCUCUUUUCAUCUUUUCUGCUCAUAUCGGAUACAUAAAGACAGUUGCUGUUGGAGGAAGAUACUUGGCAUCAGGCAGCACGGAUGAAAUAAUCAGAAUCUACGACCUGAAACGACUCAGAGAACUUGGCUCACUCCACCAUCACAAUGGCUCAAUCACCACACUAUGCUUUUACUCCUCAACUCACAUGCUCAGCGGUAGCGAAGACGGACUUGUUGCUAUAUGGCGUACAAAGGGUUGGGAGUGUUUAAAGAGCAUGAAAGGACACAAGGGAUGUGUGAACUCUAUAGCUGUACAUCCUUCGGGAAAGAUGGCGCUGAGUGUAGGAAAAGAUGGGGCUGCAAUUGUUUGGGAUUUGGUUAACGGAAGAAAGGGUGCGGUAUGGAAGAUUAGAAAAGAAGGCGAAGUUGUACUUUGGAAUACAUUGGGAGAGUUUUAUGCCAUUUUGUCAAGAAAUGAAAUAACAAUAUACAACGUUUCAGAUGCCCAAGUAUCUCAAACGAUCACUCAGAAAUCCAUGUUUCUUUGUAUGAGAUACUAUAAAGAUGAUAAUGUAGAUGAAGUCAUUAUUGCAGGAAGCGAGGAUAAAAUUGUCAGAGUGUUUGAUGUGAAGACUGGGAAAUGUAUUGUAGAAUUUUCGGGACAUAAGAACAGAAUAAAAUCCCUUGACAUAAUCCGCUCUACUCCGCCAUUUCUUUCGGCUCCAAUAACUCUUCUAGUUUCCAUAUCUUCUGACGGGAUAGUCAAUGUCUGGAAUCUCUCUUCGGCGCUGGAAAAAAUAAAAUCAGACGAGGUGGUUCAAAUAAAUGAAGUUAUCGGAAGUCACGAUACGGAAAAUAGGUUGAUUUGUGUGGUUUGUGCUGAAGGUGGCGGGGAAAAUGAAUUGAGAGAGGGUGUUGGUGUGGGUGUGGGUGUGGGAAGGAAACAACAAGAUGGAGGUGAAGAGAGUAAAGACAUUGACAAAGAUAAUAAAGAGGAAGAGACAGAUGAUGAGAGCGAGUAG